GCCAGGACGCACGCAAAGCUGCUGCUCUUUAGCAUUUAGCUCCACUCUGUGCUCCCUCUCUUUCUGGAAGCAUCACCUCGUUCCUGAUCAAAAUGAACGGCAUGAGCGAAGAACCACUGGCCCCACAGAACUUCCUCUACGGCUGUGUGCUGGAGGCUGGAAAGGAAGUGGUGUUCAAUCCUGAGGAUGAUGAGUUUGAGCAUCAGCUGGACCUCAGAAUGGCCUGUGUGGACCCCGCCACUAAAGAUGAGCUUCACAUGGUGGAGGUGGAAGGGACAGACACCGAGGGUCAGACGGUCAAAGCGGCGUUGGUUUCACUCAAGCCCUCUACCCUGCCAAGUGUGUGUCUCGGUGGAUUCACAAUAACCCCCCCAGCAGUUUUCCGCCUGAAGGCAGGCUCGGGUCCCAUCCAUAUCAGUGGCCAGCAUCUUGUCAUGAUGGAGAAUGAUGAGACUUUUGAUGAGGAAGAAGAGGAGGAGGAGGAAGAGGAAGUGGUUACCUCAAAGAAAAGAGUUGCUUCUUCUCCUGCAGCCAAGAACCAGAAAAAAAUGAAAAUGGAAGUAGAGGAGGAGGAUGAUGAUGAAGACGAUGACGAGGAUGAAGAUGACGAUGAUGAUGAGGAAGAUGAUGAAGAGAGCGAGGCAGAAGAAUCACCUGUUAAGGCCAAACCAACACCAGCCAAAAAAAAGACCCCGGCUCAGAAUGGCAAGACCUCUACACCCAGCACCCCCGCUUCAAAGGAGAAACAGAAGACUCCCAAAGGAAAGGGUGACAAGUCGCCUAAAAGUCCACUUACAAUUCCUGAGGUUAAGACUAAAAUUAUGGAGUCGAUUAACAAGGGUGUGCUGAUGCCCAAAGUCCAAGCCAAGUUUGAGAACUACAUCAAGAACUGUCAUCGGUUGGCCGAUCCAAAGGACAUCGCUGAGCUUUGGACGUGGAGACAAACCCUGAAGGAUGCUAAAUAAUUCACUCUGUGGUGUUGAAUCUAUUUUUUACAGCUCGCUUUUGUCCCUAGCACCUCUCAAUUCCUCUGAAGCCAAACUUAGUGCCUCACACAUGUCUUUAAGUCACUUCUCGUCUAAGUUGGCCCGUCUUCUCUGGAUGAAGAGAGCGGAGAGGCAGUGGUGGUUGGUGAGUGUCUGUCCUCAUCGGUUUAUCACUGGAGCCGUCAAACUCGACUCAUUUCAGUAAACCCUGGUUGAACGUAACGGAUUUCCAUCAACUGUAAAUGUGUAUAUAAUUCUUCCUAAGUUGGCAUCAGACAAUUGAGAGUGUUAAUUUUUUUUUUAAGAGAUAUAUAAUGUAAAGUUUGAUUUGGGCUCAUAAUGAAUAGAUACAGUUAACAUUGACCGCUUUCAUGGAAAAAAUAAAAUGGA